GAACGAUUAGCUUGCCCCAGAGCUUCGCAUAUGAAAUUCCUCCAUGUGUAAGUCGCUGUGGGAAAUGGAUGACAUGCAUUUCUAACACUUCUGCAAAUUCGUUUGCGCAUCUACCAAAAAGUGCGUGGUAGCAAAGGAAUGUGUCACACUAAUGCAGAGAGCUGUAAUGAUGUCAACUUGUUAUUUACUUUCCAAAAAUGAAUGACUGACCAAGGCGAAAAGAGAAUUAAUCAACCACAAUGUGACCGUACAGGCGAAAAAAACAGCGCGCACUCACACAGACACACACCACGGGCGAGGUGGGGGAAGGGAAGCACAUGGAACAGAAAGGAGGUAAUGUUGCAUCAUGUAAAGUCCAUAGUUUGCUCUUCAUUUUUCAGUAAACGCUUUUAAGCACACCGAGGAACCGUAAACCGAGAGUUAUAACGAUUAAUAAUAUGUGAAGAAAGUCUGCAUUUACUAACUGAAGUUGGAACCUCUUUCCUCCAGUGGCAUAUAAGCGCACACAGUCAGAUUUAAGAAACUGGAAGAAAGACCACAACCUCUGAUUUCGAUUGUGGAACACCCUUUUUAUAAACCUCAUAAUUUGAGGUGAGGCUAAGAUGAGUAUAACCAGUGACGAAGUGAACUUCUUGGUAUAUCGAUAUCUCCAGGAAUCUGGCUUCUCCCAUUCAGCGUUCACCUUUGGUAUUGAAAGCCACAUUAGCCAGUCUAACAUCAAUGGGACUUUAGUGCCACCUGCUGCUCUUAUUUCCAUUCUUCAGAAAGGCUUACAGUAUGUGGAAGCUGAAAUCAGCAUCAACGAGGACGGCACAGUGUUCGAUGGCAGGCCAAUCGAAUCGCUUUCUCUAAUAGACGCGGUGAUGCCCGAUGUUGUACAGACUCGACAGCAGGUGUUCCGAGAGAAGUUAGCUCAGCAGCGGGCUGCAGUGGCUGCAGCGGCUGUCCAGCAAAACACACCAAAGAACGGGGAGGCUACUGUAAAUGGAGAGGAGAAUGGGGCACAUGUAAUAAAACAUCCCUGUCCAACUUGGGAAAUGGGAGGAAUCCUUCUUCAAACUGCACAUGAUAAUCAUUCAGAGAAUAUGGAGAUUGAUGGGGACGUGGACAUUCCAGCAAGCAAGGCUACAGUCCUCAGAGGCCAUGAAUCAGAAGUGUUUAUCUGUGCCUGGAACCCAGUCAGUGAUCUUUUGGCAUCAGGAUCUGGUGACUCCACUGCAAGGAUAUGGAACCUGAAUGAAAAUGGAAACAGCGGCUCCACUCAGUUAGUUCUGAGGCAUUGUAUACGAGAAGGAGGACAGGAUGUCCCCAGUAAUAAAGAUGUCACGUCCUUGGACUGGAAUAGUGAUGGAACGCUUUUGGCGACAGGUUCAUAUGAUGGCUUUGCAAGAAUAUGGACUAAGGACGGUAAUCUUGCAAGCACCUUGGGGCAACAUAAAGGUCCUAUUUUUGCUUUAAAGUGGAACAAAAAGGGAAAUUGCAUUCUCAGCGCAGGUGUGGAUAAGACAACAAUCAUCUGGGAUGCACACACUGGAGAGGCGAAGCAGCAGUUUCCAUUCCACUCAGCUCCUGCUCUAGAUGUGGACUGGCAGAACAACACUACCUUCGCCUCCUGCAGUACUGACAUGUGCAUUCACGUGUGCCGGCUGGGCUGUGACCGCCCAGUCAAAACAUUUCAAGGACACACAAAUGAAGUUAAUGCAAUCAAAUGGGAUCCAUCUGGUAUGCUGCUAGCAUCCUGCUCGGAUGACAUGACACUGAAGGUCUGGAGCAUGAAACAAGAUAAUUGUGUGCAUGACCUCCAGGCCCACAAUAAAGAGAUAUAUACAAUUAAAUGGAGUCCAACUGGCCCUGGCACUAGCAACCCCAACUCCAAUAUCAUGCUGGCCAGUGCCUCUUUUGACUCCACUGUUCGUCUGUGGGAUGUAGAAAGAGGAGUCUGUAUUCACACUUUAACCAAGCACCAAGAACCUGUAUACAGUGUUGCCUUUAGUCCUGAUGGCAAAUACCUGGCCAGUGGCUCCUUCGACAAGUGUGUUCAUAUAUGGAACACCAUGAGUGGAUCUUUAGUGCAUAGCUACAGAGGGACUGGUGGAAUCUUUGAAGUUUGUUGGAAUAGCAUGGGGGACAAGGUUGGAGCCAGUGCGUCUGAUGGAUCAGUCUGUGUUCUUGACCUUCGAAAAUAGUAUUGUGGCAGUGUGUGUUUUAUAAUGGACCGUCUGUGAAUGUGUGGAAAGAAGCACUCGGUCUCAUUGUGACAGCUUCAGAACUGUUGGGAAAACAUUGCUGUGAAUCAUAUUAAAAAGUACCAAGCAACUCCCCUGGCCAUUGGAUUGAGCUUGUCCUGAAACUCGAUGAGUGGAAAUCAAAGGAUGAUACAGAUCAUACCUGAGAGGACUGGGGACUGUGCUGAGGACUGAAGGUUGUGCCAAAAAGUAACCAUUGAUAAACCAAACCAAAAGAAAAAAAGAAAGUGUUUCCCACCUAUACAAGGAUCAGUUUUAUUUCGGAUUUGGGCUACAGUCAAUCUCCCAAAGGAAUUGUAUCAAAUUAGACCAUCUAUGCUAUCGGAACCCUCCCUUUUUUUUUUUUUUUAAUGGAAGCUGGGGUAAUAUGUAGAAUCCCGAGACGCUUUUCACUUAUUGGAUUUGAAUGGAUAUAAUUUUUUUUUAAGAAUUUUUUUUUGUUCUAAAAAGUUGCCAAGAGGGGGGUUGAAAAGAUGUAAAACUUUUGAUAGAUUGCUUCUCUGUGCUUUCUUUUAAGUCUUGAUAUCUCUAGAGCACUUAAGUGAACUGUAUUUAAAGUGCUUGACGCACAAGAGCCCCCAGCGUGCAGGAAUAUUAAUACAGAAAAUAUAAGAGGGGGGUAUAACUUUUUUAUGUAUUGAACUUGAAUUUUGGGGCCUAUAUGGGCUAAGCAAGAACAGAUUGCUGUCUUUCGAUGAGUUGCAGGUGCAACUCGUUUUGAGUAUCCCAUCUUUUUAAAGCUGCAGUAUCCUUAAAUGGAUCUAUCACAGGUUUCAAAGUAAUUCCUGUUUUCUACAGACAUGCAAUUGUAAACCUAAUACAUGCAGGCCUUAAGGUUUUUUCGUUGGACUUCAUGAAGAUUUAGAUAUGUUAUUUUAAAAGGUGCACAGAUUCAUUUUUCGAUUUGGUUAGUUUACACCUUAAAAUGUGAAUUUCACAUAAGGUCAUGUAUGGGAGGGUAUGUUGAAACUUUAAAUUAGUGUAAUGUUAAUUCAGAGUAACAUAUGACUAAUACACUUAAACAAAGAAAAACUGCCAGUGCUGUUUAGUUAAUGUUUAUGUCCAAAACAUGUUAAAAAAUGACAGGACAUUUAUUAUACAUUUUAGCAAACACAAUUCGUUUUGGUAGACACCUGCUUUAUUACAAGCAUUGCAAACCAGUGGCCAUUUGAGCAUGCAAGCUUACAAAAAUAAAAUAUAUCAAAAGUUUAGAUUACAUUUAUUGGGAUAAUAGAUUAUUUAAAAAAUAAUAAUAAUAAUAAUAGUAAUAAUAAAUAAUCUAAUUCCCUUUCUGGAUGUAAAUUUCUUGAAUGUAAAGUUUGUAAAAUAAAAAAAAAAAAAAAAAAUUGAAAUCACUCUGCAUAUUUUUUAUGUCUGCUUUCAAAGCCAGUCAUGUUAGUAGUAGCUGCAAUAAACAUUGAUCUGAUUCAAAAGCGAGGUACAGUAAAAUAAUAAAAUCUGCAGAUUCUGAAAACUGA